AUGGAUGAUUACCAUUACCUUACGAGGCAUGACUGUGGUGAUCAUAACGCGUCGGACUAUCGAAGUACUAGACUAAAAGGGAUUAAUUCCUCUUUUCGAAAUAAUCAGAAGAGGAUAACAACGCUACAAAUCGAUAAUGACUUCGAUCCAAAGGGUAAUCUUGGAGAUGAUUACCUUUGCGAAUGUGAGGCUGUUCUUGAUAAAUUCCUCAACUGGAACGAACAUGAACAACUCGACAUUAUGGAGCGAAUCCUCAGUAAAAUGAGCCACAAUCAACUGUUUGUAAUGCAGAGAUUUAUCCAGCCCAUGUUGCAACGUGACUUCAUCGCUUUAUUACCUCAACAUUUGGCCGAGAUGAUUCUUUCAAAUCUGGACGCCCGAACCCUUGCUGCUUGUGAAGCUGUGAGUACGAACUGGCGAAGCGUACUGGCAAGGGGGCAGCUGUGGCGGAAAUUGAUAGAACGUAACGUUCGGAAGGAUAACAUGUGGCGAGGAUUGAGCGAAAAGAAGAAGUGGCGCAAAUACAUCCUAGUCAGUAGAGAUUGUGCUGCAUGCGCUAUUUGCGACUACUAUCGAGUAAAAUACGAGAGAUUACGAGGUACUACAGAAAUGGUCAUGAUGCAGCAUCGAUUUUACAGGGAACUAUUCCCAAAAGUGGUUGCUGACAUUGACAAGAUCGAAUCCAACUGGCGCAAAGGAGUUUAUAAGCUAAGUAGUAUAAACUGCCGUUCAGAAAACAGUAAAGGUGUGUAUUGCUUGCAAUACGAUGACGAAAAAAUUGUGUCAGGUCUACGUGAUAACGUCAUCAAGGUAUGGAAUCGGGCUGAUUUGAGCUGCGAACGGGUACUAUCUGGUCAUACGGGUUCCGUAUUGUGUCUUCAAUACGACGAAAGAGUAAUAAUAUCGGGUUCCUCUGACGCCACAGUCCGUGUUUGGGACGUGGCAACGGGAGAAUGUUUAAAUACGUUAAUUCAUCACUGCGAAGCUGUGCUUCACUUGAGGUUUAACGAUGGAAUUAUGGUUACCUGCUCGAAGGAUCGAUCGAUUGCGGUUUGGGAUAUGGUAUCACCGCGUGAGAUUAAUCUCCGACGGGUACUCGUUGGACAUCGUGCAGCGGUGAAUGUCGUUGAUUUCGAUGAUCGAUACAUUGUCAGCGCGUCUGGAGAUCGAACGAUCAAGGUGUGGUCAGCUGAUAACCUAGAAUUCGUUCGAACCCUUUCCGGUCACAAGCGUGGUAUAGCAUGUCUGCAGUAUCGAGGCAGGCUUGUCGUAUCUGGCUCGAGUGACAACUCCAUCAGGUUGUGGGAUAUUCAUUCUGGUGUUUGUUUACGAGUACUGGAAGGCCACGAAGAGCUGGUACGAUGUAUUCGAUUCGACGAUAAGCGCAUUGUCUCUGGGGCUUAUGAUGGUAAGAUUCGUGUAUGGGAUCUCGAAGCAGCUCUUGAUCCUCGUUCCUCGCCAAGUUCGCUGUGCCUUAGCACAUUAGUGCAACACACUGGACGUGUAUUUCGCCUGCAGUUUGACGAUUUUCAAAUUGUCAGCAGUUCUCAUGAUGACACUAUCCUCAUCUGGGAUUUUCUUGUUGAACCAGAUGUUCCGCCAUCACCACCUACCACAUCCACGGAUCCGUUGUUGGAGCCAUCAAUGGCUUCUGUAGCGAUUCCUUCUAGUUCUACCGAACGAACCACUGCCGCUACAGAUGGUAGCAGUCCACCAGGAAGCCCAAAGCUCCCAAUAUACACACAUCCUGAGCCGAGCACCUCUUAUGGCACUUUGUUUGGACCUUACGUGGAUAAUGAUGCUGUUGGAGCAGCUCUGCGACAGUAUGAAGCAAACCGUCCAUCAACCUCUGGCGCAGUCAGCGGCGCUGAAGCACAACCGAAUGAACAAAUUCAAGUUGAUUCGUCAUCAGACGACGAAGAAGCGUUGGAGGUUGUGGCGGGUGCAGGAAAUCGGCAGGUCGGUCGAGCUCCACCUGCUAGUCCGGAACCAUACGACAGAGGUGUAUGA